CAGUCAAAAGAACACGUGCGUGAUGUUAUCGGAGUAACGGAUCAGAUUUUUUUUUUGUGCAGGUUCGCUUGGAGGAGCUCGGAGGUUUUAGGUGAUGAGGGGAAGCCUUGGGGGCAUCAUUCUACUGGAGGCAAAUUCCCGCCCUUGCUGCAGAAAAUGAGGAUUUCAUGGAUGUUCAUGUGCCUUCUGGUUUGCAAGUCAUCGCAUGGUGCUCAGGAUCAAAGUGACUCCAAGUGUGAUUGGAGCGGUUUGACGCUUCACAACUCUGCAAAUGACAACGUGACUGUACAGUGCCCGUUGAUACAGACCGAGGAUGAAGAAAUUUCGUUUUACCUUCUGAAAGAUAAAGACAUGAUUUACAACCAUACGUGCAAACAGAAAAUGAACUGCACUGGGAUGAAGUGGGAUGCUGUGGAACUGCACCAAAAUGGAUCACAGUGGUUUUUCACAGUCAAAUUAGGACACAAUAUCAGAGGACUGUACAGAUGCAACAUCACAAAGACGUACCCUCCUCCUCUUACGAAAGACGAUGGCAAUCCUGUGUUUGUAAUAGAAUAUCCUUACCAGUGCCCGAAACCCACACGCGAUCCCACAGGAGUCGCACCAAACACAUGCCAAGAAUUUCCAUGGAUUUGGAUAAUGGUGAUUGCAAUUGUCAGUAUCUACGGUGUAACAGUCACCAUCAUUGCACUGUUUAACUGGCUCAAGUUGAAGAACACAGAAAACCAGAGUGACUACAUGAACACAAAACCCAGAGCGCCCAGGGACCGCAAGAAGAAAAAAGGUCUUCAGAAUAUACAAAGACACUUCUAAUGACUUCAUCGGAUCAUUUUGCACAGCUUUAGUUUAGACCUAAACAUUCAGGCUGUCCUCGCUGUAGCUUAAUUUUGUCAAACACAUAAUUGUGAGGUUUGUUUUUUGUGUUUUCAUAUUUUGUUGUCAACACUGUAGUAAAUCUGUACCUACACAGCAAAAGUAGCAUUU